AUUUAUUAUCCCCCACCCCCAACAACAAAAAAAAAAAACACCAUCUCCAUAAAAAAAAAAAAAAAAAAACCCCAAAACCCCCCAAAAGUAUUUAAACAAAUAAGUAAAAAAAUCUGAAUAUGACAUUUAAGUUUUUCGCGGCAACGGCCCCCUCUUCACUCUCUCUCUCUCUCCUCUUUUUUCAGUCUUCGUCCUCUUCUUCCUCUCUCUCUUCCGCCGUCUUCUCUCUCCUCCUUCACUCUUACGCUUUCUCCAAAUAUCCCCAAAACCCAUUUUUCUACCUUCAAAAUUAAAGAAAAUGGCGCCUGCAAAAAAAUCGAAAAGUGUAAAUAAAGGAUUUACUUCUGCCAGUGAUUCAUCUCCAAGCAAAGACGAGAAAUCCAAACAAAAGAAGCGGAAGUUAUCUGACAUGCUCGGACCUCAAUGGAGUAAACAUGAGAUUGAACGAUUUUAUGAAGCUUACAGGAAGUAUGGCCAAGAGUGGAAGAAGGUUGCUGGCGUUGUGCGUUCUAGAUCUAUAGAAAUGGUUGAAGCACUUUACAAUAUGAACCGAGCGUAUCUAUCUUUACCAGAGGGGAUCGCUUCUGUAGCUGGACUCAUAGCAAUGAUGACUGAUCACUAUAAUGUCCUGGCAGGAAGUGGCAGCGAAAAAGACAGUGAAGAACCUGAGAUAAUGGCUAGAAAAAUUCAGAAAAAACUCAAAGCAAAAGCUCUGCUUGACUCUUCCAGAGAUGACUCCAGACGUCAGUAUACGGGUUCAAGUGAUGGAUGCUUAUCCUUAUUAACACAUUGUGGCAAUGGUAUCCGGCCACAUUUUCCUGUAAGAAAAAGGACACCUCGCAUACCUGUUUCAUGCUUAGAUGUUCAUCCCAAUAAAAAGUCUCGGGUAUCAGCAUUGAAAGCAAAUGAUGGCGGAGUUUCCCAUGGGGAUCUAUUGUUGAAAGAAGCACACCAGUACCCAAACUCACCACAUGGUUCGCAAACAUCUAGAAGAACUGACAAUAUAAGAUGUUCACAUGUUUCAGCUAGAGAUGAGAUAAUUGCACAAUUCCCAGUGCUAAAGACCAGGACUGGUGGAUUUGGAGGAGAUGAGGAAUCUAAGGAAGGCAGUUUGGGCCACAAUGAGGACAAAAUUGGAAAUCUGGCCAGGGAUUCAGCGGAUUCCGGUAGAUAUGCUUUGGCUGAUUAUAAGAAAGGGAAGAAAGGAAAGAAAGCAGAAGUUCAUCACUCUGAAGCUACAUUAUUUGAUGAUAUUCGGGAAGCAUAUAAGUAUGCUGAUAAAGGACCAAGAAGAAAUGGUUCUGAUGGUAAAGGUGCCAAAAUUUGCAAGUCAACUUCUGAGGGCGAAAGGAAGAGAAGCAAGAAAUUGACAUUUGAAGAUGAACUUGCAGCUUGUGAUGCAUUGAAGGCCUUGGCUGAAAUGUCCUCAAUGAUGCCAUAUCUUGCUGCAGAGCCUGGUAUAACCUCUGCAGUUGAGGAUGCUGGAGAGUCUAUGAGUGGACGGGACGCCAUAGUCAAUGGGGUUUCUCGUUCCGAUGUUGCAUUAAGUGAUGAGAAGGUCAGUGGGAAGUUAAAGAACAAACACAUAUCCCAAGGUUCAAAGGUAUGGAAGGCUGAAAGUCCUACUGAUUUUUCUGUAAAACAAGAAGAAAAAUUGAGUGUGGCUGAUAACGAGGUGAAGUCUGCAGAUAGUAGUGAACAAAUCUCUGCUGUCUCCAAAAGAUGUAAAUCAUCACUUAGGUCUCCUGACGUGUCUUCUACUAAUGACCCACGUCUAGGGGAGACAGAAGUUGCAGUAUCUAGUGAACAAAUUGCGAACCAGGUUGUAAACCUUACAAGAAGAAAAAAUAGGCGCAAGAGAGACAGAGCAUUGCUUCUGAAGGACAGUGAUUAUGCUCCAAGUGGUUGUUCGAAUAAUGGUUUGGCUAUAAUCCAAGAUGAAGUGCAAGAUGUAAAGAGAAAGCUUUCGAAUUGUCUCUCCUUUCAUGAAGUACGCAGAUGGUGUGUGUAUGAGUGGUUUUACAGUGCGAUUGACUAUCCUUGGUUUGCUAAGAGGGAGUUCACGGAGUACCUAAUUCAUGCUGGAUUGGGACAUAUUCCAAGACUUACACGUGCUGAAUUGGGCUUCAUUAGAAGUACCCUUGGUAAACCUCGGAGGUUUUGUGACCAUUUUCUACAGAAAGAAAGGGAGAAACUCAAGCAAUAUCGUGAAUCUGUUAGGACUCACUAUACUAACCUUCGGGCUGGCAUCGGGGAAGGACUCCCAUCAGACUUAGCAUGUCCACUACUUGUUGGACAACAAGUAGUGGCUAUUCAUCCAAAAACAAGAGAAUGCCAUAAUGGCAGCGUCUUGACAGUUGAUCAUGACAAUUGCCUGGUCCAGUUUCAUCGUCCAGAUCUAGGGGUUGAACUAGUCAUGGAUAUUGACUGCAUGCCUUUGAAUCCACUGGAGAAUAUGCCAGAAGCAUUGAGGAGGCGGAAGAUGCUAUCUGAUUACUGGCAUGUACAAGUUCCAAAAGUCAAUGAAGCAAUUAUGCCAGUUUCAGAGGAGCAUACGAAGAUUGUCGAUCACCGUUUCCAUGUUCCUUCAUUCAACCCAUCAAUUGCAAAUAAUAUGAAGGUUAAGCCAGCAUGCCUGAGUUCACUUGCUAAGGUCAUAGGAAAUGGAAGUUUCAAGACAGAAACCCAAAAUCAAUCUUGCAAUAUGGCUCAUAUGCAGUUUCAGGAAGGUCAUGUGAGACCUAUUCCAGGUUUGACUAUGGGUUCAGAUAGAAAGGUCUUUGAUCAGAGCAGUGCAUGUCCAAAGAACCUGCCUCCUUGGCCUCUUCCUGUAACGGAUUCAGUUCCUUUAAAUGAAACCAUGCAUUAUUCAAAUCAUUCUGCAUUCAGUUGUCAAGAAACUGCAUCCAAUGUGGCUGAAAUUGUUGAAGGAUCUAGAGAUAAGGCACAAAACAUGGUUGAUACAGCUAUUAAGGCGAUGUCUAUAAUGGAAGAAGGUGAAGAUGCAUUCGGAAGGAUCAGUGAGGCUUUGGCUUGUAAUGGUAAAGCAGAAAGUGCAGCUACUUUCAGGACGUCUAUAAUAUCAUCUUCAAACACAUUUCGAGGUAGUUUGCCUCAUCAGAAUCCAGUUGCUUCAUGCACUCCACAGCCCAAACUGGCGUGUGAUGCAUCUAGUGUGCAACCAAUUGGUGAUUCUGCAUCAAAUGAUCUUCGAGUGCCUUCUGACCUUAUUACAUCAUGUGUUGCAACGUUGCUUAUGAUACAGACUUGCACCGAGCGACAAUAUCCACCUGCAGAAGUGGCACAGAUAUUAGAUAAUGCUGCUACAAGCUUGCAUCCGUGCUGCCCUCAGAACCUCUCGAUUUAUAGGGAGAUACAAAUGUGCAUGGGUAGAAUUAAGACCCAGAUAUUAGCACUUGUACCAACAUAGAGUAAUGAGUCUCGUAACUUUUUUUAGGAGGGCUUGUACAUAAGAACAAGAGUUUUCCUCUAUAAUUUUUGUAGUCUUAGGUAGAUAGCUAGAUAGCAAAUUAUUAACAAAGCCUACCACUAGGAAUGAUAACCUGAAGGAAUCUUCCGCAGGACCAUCUAUUGUAAUGUAAAAUUAUUUAUGGCUCGGUUUCCUUAAAUAAAUUGUUAAGGUAUAUACAGACUUGGAUUUUGUCUUGC